GUUGGGUAAUAGAGAAAUGAUUGUAAUGUUUCGUAAACUAUGGAUACUUGCUUCUGGACUAUGAUGUCGUUACUCUGUAUUUAGUCCAUCUAUUUUGUGGUUCAGUCACUGAACUUCAGUGACACUUUGCCGGUACGGUGUAUUUUCUAUGGUUGGCAUUAUUGCUCGUGUUAUCGGCGAAUGUGCCGAGAUAGUAGUGAUAGUACGGUAUCAGCCACGGGCUAAAUAAUUAUUUAUUAUUAUAUUUACCGCCGUCCGCCCCGAUCUAUCUUGAAUCGCGCCUGUGACAGCAACAAGCGGUGAUAACCGAAGUGAAUUGAACAGUGAAUAAUUCUUGGAGUCUCGAAUGAAUUGUGGCAAUUAUUAUUGUCUUCGACAUUCGGCAAUAAUUCCAUAGAUAUUAGCAUAGGUAGUGAAAUUGUAUUCUACACACAAGCUUGUAGUGUUAUUGUUAAUUUUACCGUCACGAACAUGUCCCAAUUGGACGCGAACAAAAACAGACAGCAGAUAUUGGACACUUGGAAAGAUGUGGUGGAUGACAAGACGCCGACCAACUGGGCCGUCUAUGGCUACGAGGGUCCAACUAACAUACUUAAGUUUAUUAGCCAAGGAGAAGGGGGAAUCGAAGAAAUGAAAGAAGACUUAAAUAGCUCUAAAAUAAUGUAUGCAUUCUGUCGAGUGUUAGACCCAAAGACAAGCCUUUAUAAAUGUGUCUUAAUAAAUUGGCAAGGAGAAGGAGCGCCUAUUGUCAGAAAAGGAACUUGUGCUAAUCACAUUCGUGAUGUAUCUAACAUUUUAAAGGGAGCACAUGUUACUAUAAACGCACGUAAUGAUGAUGAGGUGGAUACAGAUAUAAUACUAUCUAAAGUUUCUAAGUCAUCGGGGUCAGUUUACUCAUUUAAAGAAAGACUUGACCAGUCGCAGCCACAAGAGAAAAUUGGUACUUCCUACAAAAGAAUUCAACCUAAUUUAGAAAUAAAUUCAUCGGAAAGGGACAAGUUUUGGGCAGCUGAAGAAGAAAAGGAAAAAUUAAGACAAGAAGAAGAAAGAAAGAAAAAAGAACAAGAGCAGAAAAAAAUAGAGGAUGAAAGACUAUUGCGAGAAGAUGCUGAUAGAAUAAGAAGAGAUUCAAUAAUAAAUGAAGAAAUUCCCAAAACUGAACCAAAACCUACUGUUGCUGAAGCAGAAUCAGAAAAACCAGAAGAUGUUAAAAUUGAAUCAGCAAAACCUGAAUUAGUCCCUGAAGAAAUUGAAAUUGAAAAUCAAAAUGGACAAAAUAAUGUCGAGGAUGAUUUAGGAAUUAAAGCUGAAGCAUUGUAUGAUUAUCAAGCAGCUGAUGAUACAGAAAUUUCAUUUGAUCCUGGUGACAUAAUUUGUCAUAUUGAUAAAAUCGAUCAAGGCUGGUGGCAGGGUUUGAGCCCUGAUGGUACAUUUGGUCUAUUUCCGGCCAAUUAUGUUCAACUGCUUCCUUAAGAUUGUUCUAGAUACUAGAUUCCUAGUUCUUUCAUUUAUACCAUAAUAAUAAUUACUAAUUAGUAUUUAUAACUGCUAUUUUAUUAUUAAUUUAUAUUAAUUCAUCACAAUAGGUAAUAAUUGGUUGUGAAAACAUGUUUGAAUCAUAUUUAAGUUUUAAAUAUUUAAAUCCAAUGUUUUGGUAAUAAUUACGAUUAUUGUUAAUAUAGUUAAAUAUUUAUUUAUUUAAUGUUUCUAUUAAAUUUUAAUUAAAUUUUAAUAACUAUUUUUAUUUUUUUACCAGAAACAACCUUAUCUAAUAAAAAAUAAAUAAAAAAUAAACAAAUUUUUAUUUUAUAGUAAAUAAUAUAAUAUACCAUAUACAUUUAUUUGUACAACUUAUAUCAUAUAGUUAUUAGUUAACAACAGUAUACAUCUUUGGAAAUUCUCGAUUAAGUAUUUGUAACAAAAAAUACUUAAUUAACUUAUUGUACCAAUCAUUGAUCAAAAUUUAGAUAAUACAUACUGAUAUUUUGUUUCAGUAAAGAUAAUUUUUUUUUUUUGUACUAAUCCAAUGUUUGAAUUAUUGUUAGAUUAUAAACAAUUUAUAAAUUAUUACUAGAUUUUUAACAAUUUAAAAUCAUAAUAUUAAUGUUUGUAUUUCUUGCUAAUUAUUCUGUUCAUCAUUCAUGUGUUAACUGUUAAAUAAAUAUUAUGUUAUUACUAUUU